AUGAGGUACAUUCGGUUUUUGAAAGUGCCCAAGACCGACGGCAACACCAUCAGCGCGCUGGUCACCGUCACCUCGGAUCUCGGCGAGGACUUCCUGGCCUCGGACAUCCUGCUCGCGGCGACCAUUCGCUCGCCCGAGUACAAUGGCGACAUCUUCCUGCGCAAGAGCCUCAAGUGGACCGCCGGCAUGCGCGCCCUCGCCGUGAGCUUCGACGUCCAGCAUUGCGACCUGGACUGGCCCGUUGUCAUGCACAUUGGCCCCAAGAGCAACCAGAUCUCCGAUCGCUUCGAGAGGCAGGACAACCACCCCGAGCUGCCCUCGCUUAUUUCCGCGUGGAGCUCCAUCCUCGACGCCCCGGCCGGCAUCAGGGAAGCGGAGAAAAAGGUGGAACGCCGCUUCACGCCGCUGAGCAACCGCACGCUGAGCAUCUGGGAGGAGACCGGCGACAGCAUUGCGCGCCACGUCUGGGACGCGGGUGUGGGCAUGGCCGCUUUUUUUGACAAAACGAUCGCCAUGCAGUACGACAGUCUGCCGCUUCUAGACUCAACCCUCAGCUCUGCCACCUACAAGAAGCUGCACGUGAUCGAACUGGGCACUGGAUGCGGCAUUGUUGGCAUCAGCCUGGCGCAGAUUGUUCCGGACUGUGAGGUCACGCUCACCGACCUGCCAGAAGCACGGGAGAUUGCCGAGAAAAACAUCGACGUGAUGAACCCGGCCAUGUCGUCCAGUGCCACUUUCGUGCCACUGGAUUGGGACGAACCCCUGCCGCAAGUUGUGCGCGAGCGACAGUACGACAUGGUCAUCGUUUCAGACUGCACAUACAAUCCGGACAGCAGCCCAGCCCUGGUAGACACGCUCAAGGCUCUCGCAGCGAGGUCCCCAAAGGCCAUCGUAGUGUUGGCAAUGAAGGUUCGCCACGAGAGCGAGGCGAUUUUCUUUGAGCUCAUGAAGAAGGGCGGCUUUGUCGAGGCCGUCAAAACCCGCCAGCCUUUGCCUCAGGACCACUCGGAUUACAGCAAUUCUGGUCACGUCGACAUCUACAUCUUCCACUCUGCGUUUCGGCCCCGCUCUCCAAGGGACUCUCCCAGGGACACGUACGGUGCCGUCCGCCGCGCCUCAGGUUCUCCGUAG